UAUUAUAUUUUUAUAUGUCUGUAAUUAAUCAAAAAGUCACUUUUUAGAAAUUCAUGGUUAUUACAUAAAAUGCAGUUUUUCCCAAAUCUUCUUGCCAAAAGGCUCAGUAAUGUGUGUCACACUGGAGGUCAAGGAAUUCCCCCACCCUCUCACAUCGGCGGUUACAAACUAUACAAGAGGUUAUUUUUUCUUCUUGGACUUCCAAUAAUAGGCUUGGUUACAGCCUUUAAUGUGUACCAAAAAAAGCAACAAGAUGAGUGUGACAGACCACCGUUCGUCAAGUAUGAGUAUUUGAGAAAGAGGGAUAAGCGAUUCCCGUGGGGGGAUGGAGACAAAACCUUGUUUCACAAUCCAAUGAAGAACCCUCUAGCGGAUGGGUAUGAAGAUGAACUAGAAGAAGGAGAAGAUUGACUGGUAACAUACAAAUCAGUUAUAAAUAUUUAUAUGUUUACAUUUUUAUAUUCAUUUGUAAUGAGAACAAUAUGUAAUUGAAUAGAAUUUACAUCUAUAUAA